AUGGAAAUGUGUAGCAAUUUUGAUGCGUACGAGUUGCGGCGCUUAGCACGUCGCUUCAAGAAGCUUGAUUUGGACGGUUCGGGGAGCUUGAGCGUGGACGAGUUCAUGUCACUGCCGGAAUUGCAGCAAAAUCCACUAGUCCAGAGAGUUAUAGAUAUAUUCGAUGAAGAUGGCAAUGGCGAAGUUGAUUUCAGAGGUUUCCCACUUUUUUACCUUUUUUUUUUUCCGUGA